UGCGGUGUGUUCCUCCUUCCCAGCUAAUCGCAGUGUCUGACGGGAAGGCGGAUCCUGGAGGAAGAGGUUGUGUAUGUGUGUUCCCAGCUUCCUAAGCCCUGCUGUUACCCGGGUUGCAGGUGCGCAGCCCGGGUGUUUGUCCCCAGUUCCCCGCUUGUCAGUCCAGGUGCCGGACUGCUGAAGAGGCGGACGGAAGUAUUAGCGCUCGCCAUGAACAGCAUACCCGAGAUCUGCGGCCCGGGAACAGGUGACAAGGCAUAAUUUGCUUCUUUCACCGAGAACUAACAUCAUGGAGCCUGAAGUGAUCCGAAUGUAUUCUUCAUCUCCUCCUCCUCUUGACAACGUUGCGGAUGAAGACGAGGAUGAUGAAUUUGGAGAGUUUGGAGGCUUUUCUGGCGUUGGUAACUCUGGAAUAGGCUUUGCCGAUUUGGAUGCAGUUCAUUUUCCUACAUCUCGAGAAGACUUUUUGCCAUCAAAACACUUUAUGCCAAUUCAUGAAUACUCUGAUAAUGUCCGUAACUUUACUAGCCUUACCUCCAUCUCGGACAAAGAGACGGUGUCCGAGAUCACUACUUCCAAGAAGGGAACGUGCUUAGUGUUCGAUUCAAACUCCAGCAAUGAAUCGACGCAGAACAAUAUUGCUGCACUCGACAAUAAAGGGAGCUCGGCCGAGAAGGCGAAGAAAUCUGAUCCGUGUGUGAGCUCGGAGAGCGCUGGCAGUCCAAAACACGGCCAGGCGGUCGACGCUUGUAACGGGGAGCAGAAGCACUAUCCGGGGAAUCUUACGAAUGGGUUUGCAGCAGCCGAAGAUUCUGUUAACCCUCAGGGAAUAGAAGCUCUGGACAAUGUUACAGAUUCGAAGGGAUUUCAGUCCUCCACCGCACACAGUCCAGAUUUAAGCAUAGACUUUCCACCUAGUCCCGGAGAGGAGUUUGCGGAUUUUUCCCCGCUUUCCAAAGUAGACUCAGUACAUUUAAAUGAUACGGAGCUUAAAGCACACACGGGUUCACAUGAAGGGCAGACAAGUAUUAUGCUGAACAGUACAUUGAAUAGAGUCAACUGUGACAGCAACUUAAAUAACAACAAAGAACUCACAAAUGUAGUCUUAGAAAAUUUUGAUGACUCAAGUGAUCUGACUUCUACAAAUAACUCUCGAGAAGCUGCUUUAGUAGCAGAUGACAGCGUUGCGGGUGAUGAAAUAGUUAAGCCUAAUGUUAAAAUCUCCGAAGCUACAACGCAGUUAGCGGAUACCCAGAGAUGUGGUCUUACAGAGAGGUGUCAGAACGGAGAGGAAACGGUCCAAACCACCGACGACAUUCAUGGCUUUACACCUGACGGUUCCUUUGAAACCAUUCAAAAAACAAUUCAAAAUUCCAGCAGGGGUGACUUAUCCCCCGAUGCCACUAGCAAAAAUCCUCCACUAACUUUCACGGACCAUCGUGAGUCAAAUGACCUCAACGUCAAAGAACAGUCACAAUUAGACGAAAAUGAUUUCACUGAUGACUUUGGUGAUUUUGAGGAUGUAAACCAUGUUCCUUUCCAAGACGAGUUAGAACAGCCAGAAAACAUUUCAAAAGAUCGGGAAUCUGACUAUGAGCAUUCUAAAUUUGCGUCUCACAACGAAUCAGAGACCGUUAAUCAAUUUGGAGACUUUGAUUCUGGGGCAAACACUGGCGACUUGGAUGAUUUUCCAGAAUCGGAUGAUUUUGCAGACUUCAGCUCCGCUGUUAAUAAUGAUCAGCCUUUGGACUGGAAGGCAUUUGAUGAUGACCAGACAGAAAGUGCCCCAUGGUCUGCGUUUGAAAGUGAGAAGACCGACAUCUCCUUCCCAGCCAGUGAGUCUUGGCAGUCGUAUGGGACAGCGGUGCCUUCUAGUGACCAAGCCAUAAACACAGAAAGCGUUCCUUUACCUGAAUCCGAAUCUACUUUGCUUUCUGAUGGAACUACUUCUAGCUCUCAGCAAUCGUUACUUAGUCGUUUUGAGCGAAUUAUCCAAGUCUGCUUCCCACCUCCGCCUAUUUCGGAAACAGAAGAAAUCAUAUCAUCCCUGGAUUGUUUGCUACAAACAUCUAAUCUUGAAGAAAGAACUAAAUCCUUGCCUAGUACUCGCCCACACAGGGAAGUGCUGGACGUGUGGCCCGAGCUGCAGGAUAUUCAUGAUGCUUACGGUCUGAAGCACCAGUGGGGAGGUUCACACAGCAACAAGAAACUCCUCUGCUCGCUGGGGAUCGACACAAGGAACAUACUUUUUACAGGCAACAAGAAACAACCGGUUAUUGUGCCCAUGUAUGCAGCCGGUCUGGGUAUGCUGGAGCCAACCAAGGAACCCCUGAAGCCAUUAUCUGCUGCAGAAAAGAUUGCAUCCAUUGGACAGUCUUCACCUGUUUCACCAGAUGAUAACAUUUGUUCUUCUGUUCAGUUGCAGGAAUCUCUCCCACCUGUCCAGUUUGACUGGAGUAGCAGCGGCCUUACCAACCCCUUAGAUGCUAGAGGAGGUUCCACUCUUCUGAACCUUGAUUUCUUUGGGCCCGUGGAUGACAGUGGCUCAAACAACGCUACGUUUCCAGGUGUGGACCCCGAGUUGUAUGCAUUGACAACCUCAAAAGUGGAAUGCUCCUCGGCAAGCAACAGAGUGACCGAUGCGUUUGCAAGAUUAAUGUCUACAGCAGAGACCACAAGCACAUCUGCAAGGAAACCCAGAAGGGAUGAGAACCUUAGUGAAGAGGCUUCCAAAGUCAUUGCCAGUCUCCCCGAGUUAUCUUUCAUGCAUGCCAAGGUGUUGAUGUUUCCAGCCACAUUAACGCCUUCAACGAGCUCUCAAGACAAAGUUGACUGAUGAAAAAAGGAAAAUGUAAAAAAAAAAUUAGCCCAAAUAAAUUGGAUGUUUUAUAUCUGAACUUUUAGAGGUAAAAAGAAAGUGUUCCUGCUUUUAAUAUGAAAUCAGAUGAUUUGUCAGUAAGUAUCACUGAAAUGGUGUAUACAUUGUUAAUAUAUAUAUUUCAACACUGAAUAUUUCAUUUCUAUAAGAAUUAAAACAGAAGAAUAAUUAAUUUGUAUAUAACGCAAAGGGUAACUUUUUUUGAUGUGCUGGGGUACGUACACUGGUGGAUCCUUUCUUACAAAAAAAAUCAUCAAAAAAAAUGUGAACAUGCAAAAUCUUCACUGCCUGUAUCUGUUCCUAUAGCGUUCUUUUCUCCCAGUUGUCCUGAAGUUGACUUUACUGUUACAUUUAAGCGUCCUGUGUUUUUAUUUUGUGUGUUAAUUUAAUCAAUUUCAUUCUUCAAUCACAAGGUCAGUUUAACCCUUUCCCUGCCGCAGGAGCGUAUUAGCUGAUGGAGAAAGGGGUUUACGGUAUUGUCCUACCAGAAACCCUUUAAUGGGUUCUUUUUGCUGCGUGUAAAACCAUAACUUACCGACCAGCCUCCUGCUCAGUUCUUCGUGUUGUUGCCGAUUUAAGUUAAUUUUAAAGUACGGAUGAUUAGGGGAUUUGAUUUUUAGGUUAAGAAGGACCAAAAUAAUAUGAAUGUCUUUAUAAAGUGUUUUGAUUACUGUCCUGAUUUAGUUUGUACUCAUUGUGUCUGUUGUACCACUAUCCUGAUUUGCACAGCGUAUAGCGGCAUUAACCAUACGUGGAUAUGGUUUACCCUAUACGCGCAUUGAAGACUUUGGGAUGUAAAUGAUUGGGGAAAUUCCUAUGGAACAAAAGUACUGAAAACUGAUCUGUAACAACAAGGUCCAUGUGCAUGCCCAAAUUCUUUUGAAAUGUAAGCGUGUAAAUUUCUUUUAGCUUACACAGAAUAAAAUAAUUUAAAUGA